AUGCUGCUCAGCGUUAAAGACCUGUCUGAAAAAUACAUCAUGCUGCUCGAUGUGAAAGAUCUGACGGCACUCAAAACAACUGUUGCAGUUUUAGUCACGAUAUUCCUUAUUUCACAAGUCCUUUGGAAGAUUUUCUUUCACCCGCUCAGUGCCUUCCCAGGGCCGUGGUUCAAUAGGAUAUCUGAAAUACCCGGCUCAUGGGUUAUUGCAACUGGGAAACAGCACUCAUAUUACCGACAGCUCCAUGAAAAAUAUGGUCCUGUUGUGAGAGUUGCCCCAAACGAGCUCAGCUUUAUCGGCGAUCGUGCGUGGGAUGACAUUUAUGGAAUUCAGAAAAAUGGUCCCAAUUUUGAAAAAAGUCCAAUUUUUAUAGGGGCGGUUUCUCCUCUUGACGGCCAGACAGGUAUUAGCUUGGCACCAAAUGAAGCUCAUACUAGGCAGCGUAGAGCUUUGGCACAUGUCUUCUCCAACACAGCAUUAUUGCAACAAGAAGAAAUUAUGCGAAGCCAUGUCGAUAAACUCGUGGGACAGCUGAAGAAAAUUAUUGCGGAGAAUCGACCGAUAAACUUUUCAAAUUGGUACACAUACACAACUUUUGAUAUGAUGGGUGAUCUCUGCUUCGCAGAGCCAUUUGGAUGUCUAGAUCAAGGAGGGGCCACAGAGUGGUCCACAUCUGUUAUCAACGUCUUUAAAUCUGCCGCAUGGGACCAAUCCAUACGUAGAGUAGCGGGUGUGAAUACCUGGCUUCAGAAGUUGAUGGUGAAACUUCUUAUCCCAUCCGAAGCUGCAUCAUGGCGAAAAGUACAUUUCCAGAAUUCUCGCGAGAAAACGCUCCGCCGCCUCGCAGAUGGAGAUCGUGACCAUAAGGACUUCAUUUACCACAUUCUGAAGAACAAGGAGGCAAAAAACUCGUUGUCGCAAACAGAAAUCAUUCUUAACAUGGUGCUGCUCAUAAGUGCAGGGACAGAAACAACCGCGAGUCUACUCACUGGCUGGACCUAUUUCAUCUGUACUCACCCUGAAGUUUAUAAACGUCUUAUAGACGAAAUUAGGGGAAGGUUCACCUCCGAGCAGGAUAUAACUUGGGAAACGGUCAAAGAUUUGCCCUACCUUCACGCAACACUUAGUGAGGCACUUCGUUUGUAUUCGCCAGCGCCUGCAAAUCAGCAGCGAAUCGUUCCUAAGGGUGGCUCUGUCAUUGAUGGACACUUUGUUCCUGGUAAAACCACCGUCGCUGUAGCACCUUGGGCUGCCAUAAACUCAUCGUUGAACUUCAAGUACCCUCAAAAAUUUAUUCCGGAACGUUGGCUCGGUGAUGAGAGGUUUGUGAACGACAAAUUAAAUGCUUCUCAGCCAUUCAGUCUUGGACCUAGAGGAUGCAUAGGGAAGAAUUUGUCCUUUUUCGAAAUGAGGCUUAUCACUUCCCGUUUACUAUGGAACUUUGACAUGUCACUGGUGACAACGGGAGAACUUGGGGCAACCAAUAAACUCUGGGAUAUGGAUGGUGCGGGUAAGUACAUGAAAGUUUAUCAAACGUGGAAUAAGCCCGAUUUGUGGGUCUUGUUAAAAGAGGUUCCUAGAUAG